CCGGGCAGUCUUCUGCUUCAGAUUUCCAGGAGUCACAGGCUUGCACUACUAUGCCUGGCGCAGAAGAAUUUGCUGUUUAUAGAGCCAGCACACUCUGCUUCCAACCUGAGCGCUCAGCUUCUGGAUACUAACGUACAUUCACGUCCUGCACCCUGCGUGUUGAGCUCUGCUCUCAGUGUAUCCCAGCAUCCCUGGGUAUCCUCUUUGGCUCCGCCCCAGUCCGCGACUGCGCACUGCACAGAGCCCCUCCCCCGCCAUCGAUCACUGGAGCUGAGCUUCGGAGCUAAGGCUGGGAGCAUCCCUCAAGCGGGCUGCCUGCUGGGCAUCCUAAACCUUGGGCGGAGAAGGGCGGAGCUGGAGCCUGUGCUGUAGGGUCAAUGGUACCCAGGGGGAUGAAGCAGGGCCUAGUGGAUGAUACUGAGGAUGUGUCCCUGGACUUCGGCAAUGAAGAGGAGCUGGCCUUUAGAAAGGCCAAGAUCAGGCACCCCCUGGCUACCUUCUUCCACCUGUUCUUUCGAGUGAGCGCCAUCAUCACCUAUGUGUGCUGUGACUGGUUCAGCAAGAGCUUUGUGGGCUGCUUUGUCACCGUGCUUCUCCUCCUGUCCUUUGACUUCUGGUCCGUGAAGAAUGUAACUGGAAGACUCAUGGUGGGUCUUCGAUGGUGGAACCAGAUAGAUGAGGAUGGGAAAAGCCACUGGAUAUUUGAAGCCAGAAAGGUCUCUGCAAACGACAUGGCUGCCACUGAGGCAGAGGCACGCAUCUUCUGGCUUGGUCUCAUCAUCUGCCCAGUGAUCUGGAUUGUGUUCUUCUUCAGUACCUUGUUCUCCUUGAAGCUGAAGUGGCUGGCUCUCGUGAUUGCUGGCAUUGCCCUCCAAGCUGCGAACCUCUACGGCUACAUCCUCUGUAAGAUGGGGGGCAACAGUGACAUGAGCACAGUUGCAGCCAGCUUUCUGUCCCAGACAGUGUUUCAGAUGGUGACUCCCUGCGGGCGAUGUUUCAAGUACUCACUCUGAAUUAUACUUCUGUAGGCUGCUGUGGCUGGUGAAUCUGGGGCUUCAACAAAGAAAGACUGGCCUUUGUCACAGCUCUUGCCUUAAAGAGACAGAGGAAAGGAGGCCCUUGUAAGGCCUUGCUCUCUUGUGCCUGCUGCAGUAUGGCUGCCUGCGGCUCCCCACUCAAGGACAGCAAAAGUGGAGAGACACGAGACCAACACGGACCCCAGCUGUGUCCCUUCCUCAGCCAACGAUGUUGCUUUGCUGUGGCUGUAAAUCAGUUGAGUAGCAUGUGGCAGCAAAGGCAGAUUCUAGGCCCAAAGAACUGCUGUGCUCUGAGUGGGCCCAGGAAUGAGAGCCACUAACCCGCAGCCCAGGACAAUGAGAAUACAGGAGAGGGAAUCAGAACAUCAAGGACUAAGAAAGGAAAUGCAGACAGGGCAAGCUUCUGCAUCUGAGGGAACACACAUGUAAAUGUGGAAUACACGCUGCCUCUUAGUGAGCAGAACCCUGGGUUCACACACCCUGCCCUCUGCCUACAACCCUAUCAUGUCUGUUAUUGUCCUUCCCAGAUUCACUGUCUCUCUCUGUCUGUCUCUCUGUCUCUGUCUCUCUCUCUCUCUC